UAGACGUCGCUGCUCAGUCAAAACAUUAGUCUUAAUUUGAUUUUAAAGAGUUUCUUUAGGAUGGAAGAAAAGUGUACGCUUCUCUAUGGGCUUUUCGAGCUGUUCAGACGUCGUAGUCAAAGUCAGCUGAGGCGAUGUCUGAAACUCCUGGAGAUGAGAAAAAGGAGAAAGAGGAGGAGAGCUAUGGUGUUUUUACCUGCUGUUCUAGCCACGGGACAGGAGAGGAAACUAUGGAUGCAUGUGAGGAGUCAGGACUGGUGGAGCAGAGUAGAAACCGGAUUAUUUACUGACGAAGAGUGGCUGUCUUGUUUCCGCAUGAGACGAAGGACUUUUGAUUUGAUCUGUGGGAAACUACGACCCUUCCUCCAGAAGAAGAGUACUCAGCUGCGCCAGGCCAUACCGCUGGAAAAGAGAGUAGCGGUGGCGAUUUUAUACCUCGCUUCAGGAUCUGAUUUUAAAACCCUGUCUGAGUUGUUUGGUAUUGGCAAGGCAACAGUGUCCAGUAAUGUCUGGGAGGUUUGUACUGUUAUUCGCAAACUGCAGAGACAGUUCAUCUGUUUACCCCGAGGGGAAAAGCUGCAGGAGGUCGUGGCUGGCUUUGAGGAAAAAUGGGGAUUUCCUCAAUGUGCAGGAGUCAUAGAUGUCUGUCAUAUCUCCAUCACUGCUCCUGCUAACAACGCCAAGGAUUACAGCCGGGGGAAAGGAUGCUACUCCAUCAUCUUACAGGCUGUAGUGGACCACCUCAGCCGAUUUACCAACAUCAAUGUGGGAUGGGCUGGCAGCGUGCAUGAUGCACGAGUGCUCAGAAACUCCUCGCUGUUUGAGCUGGCUGAGAGCAACAACCUCUUCCCACCAGAUGCCAGACAAAUUGAAGGUGUGGAAGUGCCACUCAUGCUGUUGGGAGACUCUGAAUACCCUCUCCUGAGCUGGCUUAUGAAGGGAUACCCGGGCGAUGGAAAUCUUACUGUAGAACAGAAAAAUUUCAAUUACAGACUGAGUCAUGCCCAAACAACGGUGAAAAACGCUUUUGGAAGGCUUAAGGGAAGAUGGCGGUGUCUGCUGAAGAGGAUGGAUGUCAACAUCUCCAGAGUUCCCACCAUCAUUAGCAUCUGCUGUGUCUUGCACAACCUGUGUGAGAUACAAGGAGAUGAGUUUCUGGACGAAUGGAUGGAGGGUGUGGACGAACCAGCAGAACUGAGGAGGUUAAACACUUCGCUUCCUCAGGAGACAGAAACAGAGCCACAGAUUGUCAGACAGGCUCUCACUACAUUUUUUACUGAGGACAGAAAGCCAGUAUUUCAGAAGUAGAAGUGGUAGAAAUGUUGCAAAAGAUGACACAUUUCAGUGAAAUGCAUAUCGUGCCAAAAGACCAUUAUUGUACAUGAAAGUUAUUUACAUUUCUGUUGCCCAGGCAUGCUUAUACUUGGAGAGUAUACAUAUUUUUGUUUUUAUUUUAUUAUUUAUGUAAAGAGAUUAUAAUGAACGAGGGGGUGACCAGCUCUCUCUACUGCUUAUGUUUCUAAGAUUUCGUUUGCCUUUCAUUCUCAUCAUGACUGCAAAGUUUGUCUAACAUAAAUGAAGCUUCAAAUGCUGCUGUUGAAUGUUUUUUGUGCAAUUGAGUAUUUCCUAUCUCUAAUUAUUCUGUUCUCUCUU